AAUCAAAUGUGGUUUUGAUUAUUAAAGAGAGAAAUAUUUUUUAUAAACAUUUUUUAAAUACUUAAAUUACAUACGAUUUAUCACUGAAUGUCAAUCAAUGGCUUUACAAAGAGAUAGAUUGACACUAAAUACUGAGUUAAGGCAUCUGUCGAUCAAAGAUCGGAUCCAAUUGUCGACAAUCCUAGACAUUGACCACAAUUGGAAACUAUUGGCGGCUAUUAUACCGAAACCGGACGGAAUGGACGGCUCUUUGAUCACAAGUUCUAACGUUAAAGUAUUAGAGGAUUUGCUCAAAAUAGGCAAAAGUCCGACUCAAGCCUUACUUGACUUUUGGGGAACGAGUGGUAGAAAACGGGCCACAAUUGAAGACUUUAUAAAACUAUUAAAUUCUUGUCGACUAUACAGAGCCUCACUAUUCCUAUGCAACGAUAUCCUUAAACUCGAAUCGUUUGAUCACUUGAUUGAUAUCAAUUGCAGUGACAGUUAUUUGGACACCGAAUCCAUUAAUAAAAUGACAAACAAUUUGAAUCUCAAUACUAAAGGCAACACUAGUUUUGGUGACGAUAAGAGUUUUGCAGGCAAAGGGUUCAGUGAAUUAUCAACAAAUCUGUGUCACCAACCGAUGGAUAAGAUGGACGCAAAGAAUUGUUUCUUAGAUCCGUCGGCGCCCAACGAGUCUCUCAUUAGUUUUAGUACUUUAGAGGAUAAUAACGCACAGAAUAUAGUCAAUGAAAAUAUAAUGCAAUACUCUUAUGAAGAGAUCCGUCGCGCGACCAAUGAUUUUGCUGACCAUAAGUUAGGCGAAGGAGCCUUUGGGGCCGUAUAUCGGUGUCGACUCCGACGGGACUCGGAUUUCAUUGCUGUCAAGCGAUUGAAAAGUGAUUUUCAAAAGCAAUUCCUCUCCGAACUCAAAGUGAUGACUAAAUUCUCACAUAAAAACUUGUUAUCAAUUUGUGGCAUAUCUUGUGAUGGGCCGUCGCUUCUCAUAAUUUACCACUAUAUGUCCAACGGAUCUCUUCAGGAAUGUCUAGAAAAACGGCCGCAAUGUCUCAGUUGGAGUCAAAGGCUGGCCAUCGCAUUGGGAACCGCUAGAGGUAUCUGCCAUUUGCAUACAUUUGAUGCCAAGCCAUACGUUCAUCGAGACAUCAAAAGUGCAAAUAUAUUACUCGACAACGAUUUGAACGCACGGGUCGGCGAUUUUGGAUUAGUACGGGUCGGCAGCGGCGCUGACAAUACGUCUACUAAACCGUUGGCCACUACUAUAAUCGGGACGACUAUUUAUAUGGCACCGGAAGCCUAUCGCGGAGACAUAAGCGUAAAACUGGAUUCAUUUAGUUUUGGUAUAGUUUUGCUGGAAUUGGUGUCGGGUCUGAAGCCGUACGACGAGAGCCGCGAAGGCUUUGAUCUGCUCUCGUAUGUCGAGGAAAGAGUGGCCGACUUAGACGAAGAGGACGAGCGCUCAAUUGUCCGCACGAUUGGCGACCAAUCGAUCGGACCGUUGGACGAGAGAAUAGCCGCCGAAUUGUAUCGAAAUUCGCGCAAAUGUGUGGAACAGCGCAAGAAAUACAGGCCCGCAAUGACAGAGGUUUUGCAGUCUUUGGAGUGUUUGGAAAGAAAUUGAGUUCACAUUUGAUUUUUUACGAGAG